GUCCAGCCCAUCCAGCCGGCCCCGGCUCUCGCCCAGCCGGCCGUGGUGGUCCCAAACCCUGCCCCGGAAGCAGCCAAGGCUUCCUCCGUGCCCGUCCCCAUCACCUGCUCCGAGACCCCCACCGUCAGCCAGCUGGUGUCCAAGCCCCCGGCUCCCAACAGCAGCACGGAGGAGGAUGGGAUUAACCUGGAGGAGAUCCGGGAAUUCGCCAAGAACUUCAAGAUCCGCCGCUUGUCCCUCGGGCUGACGCAGACGCAGGUGGGACAGGCCCUGACGGCCACCGAGGGUCCUGCCUACAGCCAGUCGGCCAUCUGCAG